AUGGCACACGAUAUUUCCAUUAUCAAUACUGCUGGUCCUAAUGGACAUCAAGCUGUUGCCCUGAGAACUGAGGCCGACCGAUGCAUCUUCUACAGAUGUAGAUUUGAAGGAUAUCAGGAUACACUUUACGUCAAAAGAUACAGGCAGUUCUAUCGCGAAUGCGACAUCUUUGGAACUGUAGAUUUCAUAUUCGGACAAUCAACUACCAUUCUUCAAAACUGCAAUAUCUACGACAGAAAACCGAAUCGAGGACAAAGUAUAACGAUAACUGCAGAUGGAAGAUAUGGUUCAGAGAAGAAAACCGGAAUAGUCUUGCACAAUUGUAGCAUUUUAGCAACCAAAGAACUCGACCGGGCGAAGAAGAAUUUCUCCUCUUAUUUUGGCCGCCCAUGGAGGUCUUACUCGACCACCGUGGUGAUGCAAUCACUUAUUGGCGAUUUUAUUUCUCGCGAAGGAUGGUCGCCAUGGAGUAAAGAUGAUAACAAGACUUUAUCCACAUUGACCUAUAUAGAAUACAAAAAUAGAGGACCGGGUGCCAAGACGAAAGAAAGAGUAAAAUGGGAGGGGUUCAAAGUAUACAACAACUCUAAAGAUGUCCUCAAAUAUACGGUUAGGAAUUUUCUUAAAGGGACUGAAUGGGUUCCCUCCACCGGAGUCCCAUUUACCGCUGAUUUAGUGUAA